UUCAUAACCCGCCCGCCUUGUCUUUCUCCUCUCUUCCUCCACUCUCGCCUCCUCGACUUCAUUCCUUUUUAACCCAUUCCCUUCAUUCAGGCAUGUACUCACACGUCUGUCCAGAUUACGAUGCUCCGCCUGAUCCCUCGGACCCUCUGGCACUGCUGCCAGGCAGCGAAUUGAAAGGGAAGAGGCACCUCAUUGGAUGGGCCAUAUCAGGGUCGUGUGCGUUUCUAGCGACCGUAAUCUCGUUCCACCUCUUGUACAGGCAUGCCAAAAACUAUAACAAGCCAUCAGAACAGCGUCAUAUUAUGAGGAUCGUGCUUAUGAUACCGAUCUACGCGAUCAUCUCCUUCCUCUCCUUCCGCUUCUACAAGGAGGCCAUCUACUACGAGACCAUUCGCGAUUGUUACGAGGCCUUUGUGAUAUACUCCUUCUUUAUUCUUCUGCUUACCUAUCUCGGCGAAGACAACGAAGCACAGCGUUCCAAGAUCACUGGAUCCGAUCGCAGGAGGCUGCUCUAUCCCCUUAACUGCUUUUACUACAAUCCACUCAACGAGAAUUUUUUGCACUACAUGAAGUACGGCAUUCUGCAGUAUGUGGCUGUGAAGCCGCUGUGCACUCUGGCGGCCGUAGUGCUAGAGUACUAUGGACUCUACUGCGAAACGACGUACGACUUUCAUUUCGGCAUGGUAUACAUUACCAUUAUCAACUUUAUCUCUGUCAGUAUCGCUCUGUAUUGCCUGGUCCUGUUUUAUCAAACAAUUAAUGUCGAAAUCCAAGAAUACUCCCCAUUCUUGAAGUUUAUGUGUGUCAAGAUGGUGGUCUUUUUCUGCUACUGGCAGACAUGUCUACUCAGUCUUUUAGGCGCACUUGGUGUCUUCAAGCCCGAGGACGGCUGGUCUGUUAUCAAUGUAGAACUUGGGAUAUCGUCGAUUCUGAUCUGUGCAGAAAUGGUCGUCUUUGCAAUCUUGCACGUUUAUUCAUUCAGCUAUCGACCCUAUGUAGUCCCGGGAGUCACAACUCCGCUGACAAAAUCGCUUUGGGACGGAUUCAACCCAUUGGAUAUGGUCCGGGAGAUCAUCUGGGCCUGUCAGGACACCGUACUCUUGAUCCAAGGAAAGCCAUUACCUGUUCGAGACGGACACUUGAAUCUAAACUUCAAGUUGAAGCGCGCACACACGAUCCGCAUCAGAAAGCGAGAUCGCUUCUUUAAGAAUCGCAAGCCGGCGGCGCCAAAAAAAGUAGAUCCCAAGCUGACGACUAUCCAUCAGAAUACUUUGAAUUCAGAGAAUACUCUGCACUCCACUGAUCAAGCGCAACAAGAGCGUGCUGGCCUUUUGGAACAUGCUGAAGGUAAACAGUAAUCUCAAUCAUCUUCAACAUAUACCACCUUUUCUCUUUGCACAAGAUCUCUGAUAUACCUGGCAAAUUUAAAAUAAUAGGCCACAACUACCAGUCGACUUCAGCCGUUUAGGACUGCUCAGGAACAACCGACACCGAUACCCUACAUGUUAUUUAUCAUCCCCGCUCGAGAAUAAACAUAUCCGCAUCAUCACGAUGAUCACUUUCUCUAGAG